AUGCCAUUGAAAAUCCAGGUGGAUGGCCGAGCAGAAUCCGUCGACAAGAAGAUCGCUCGACUGGAUGCUGAGCUGAAGAAGUACCGAGAUCAGAUGAAGAAAAUGCGUGAGGGACCAGCAAAAAAUGCUGUUAAGCAGAAGGCCCUCAGAAUACUUAAGCAGCGGAAGAUGUAUGAGCAGCAGUCAGACAACCUACGACAGCAAGCUUUCAACAUGGAGCAAGCCAACUUUGCUGCACAAACACUCAAAGAUACCCACACAACAGUCCAGGCCAUGAAGACGGGAGUAAAGAGCAUGCAGAAAGAAUUCAAGAAAAUCAACAUUGAUCAGAUUGAGGACUUGCAAGAUGAUAUGGCAGACAUGCUAGAGCAAGCCGAUGAAGUCCAGGAGGCAUUGGGUCGUUCAUAUGGGAUGCCAGACGUGGAUGAAUCAGAGCUGGAAGCAGAACUUGAUGCCUUGGGAGAUGAGCUUGGCUUGGAUGCAGACUCUUCCUACCUGGAUGAAGCCGUCAGUGCACCAAAUGCUCCAACCAGGGAACCCGGUGUUGACAGCAUCAGGGAUGGAGUUCAGGUGGAUGAAUUUGGCCUGCCAACAAUCCCAGCAACGUGAAAUGGCCAUUAUAUGCCUCAAUUCCUACAAUAUGUGUUGAAUCAGUGAGUGUGUGAGUAGAUGAUGAAAGUCAUUCUGAUGUGAUAUGUGUCAUGAAGGACUGGAAGGGCACCCUCAGUGUCACUCAUCAAUUUAAAAUCCAUUAGAGAUUCUGUUUUUGGACCCUUGCAAAAGUGCCAUCACCUCUGAUCAUCACUCUAUGACAUUGUAUUGAGGAUGUGUUCAUGUCCAGGCAACAAGAAUAAGAUUCCUUCUAUGUCUUUCCA